AUGUCAGCCGUUGUGUAUCUCAAGGUCUUCAACGAUAAUGAAGAGCUUCGCAUAUCAUUAGUCUGCUGGAAAACUAAAGUAGCUCCUCUCAAACGGCUGACUAUUCCAAGGCUUGAGCUCUCAGCUGCAGUUCUUCUUGCUAAGCUUCUAGUUCCUGGUAAGGAGAACCCAGCUGAUUGCGCAUCUCGUGGAUUAACCACAGCUCAACUCGGGUCGCACGAGCUAUGGUGGCAGGGUUCAUCAUGGCUCAAGAAGAGCUCAUCUCAUUGGCCAUCUCUGGAACUCUCUUCAGUGGGAUCAGCUGAUCUUGAAGAGAAACCUGGUGUAGUGCUCAACGUCAAAGUCCAGCGCCCAGAGAUCUGCGAUUUAGUACAUCGCUAUUCCUCGCUCAGUAAGCUGCUCAGAAUUACUGCUCUCUGCCAACGCUUUAUUGCUCGUCUCAGAAAAAUUCCAGGAUCUUCGUUAAAGACAGCUCUCAACCCUGGUGAUAUUGAACAAGCUCGUUUCUUCUGGAUCAAAGCUAGUCAGUCAGCGUAUUUCUCGUCCGAACUGCUGACCUUGUCCAGAGGGCAAAAACUCAGACCUUCUCAUCCGCUGACUCGAUUGACAGCGCAUAUUGAUCACCAGGGGAUUCUUUGCGUUGGCGGACGUCUUAAGUUUGCUCAGCUCGACAAUGACAGCAAACAUCAAGCUAUCAUUCCGAAGGAGUCUCAGUUUGCUCAGCUCAUUAUUCGGGAUGCUCAUCUCAGGACUCUUCAUGGUGGAACGCAGCUCAUGCUUGGUCAGUUCAGACGAUCUUACUGGAUUGUUGGUGGAAGAGCACCAGUAAGAUCAUUCAUUUUAAAGUGCGUUCCAUGCGCAAGACAGCGAGGAAUAAGAGCUCAACAGCUCAUGGGUCAGCUCCCAGUAGUUCGUCUCUCAACUGGCCGUGCAUUUCUCAAUACAGGGAUUGAUUAUGCCGGUCCAGUAUCACUCCGCUCAUGGAAAGGACGUGGCCACAAAUUUUGUAAAGGAUGGCUCGCAAUUUUCGUCUGUAUGGCUACGUCCGCGGUUCAUCUCGAAGCCGUCUCAGAUUAUACAUCUGACGGCUUCAUGGCAGCGUAUCGUCGUUUUGUUGCUCGGCGCGGGCUCUGUAGGAAUUUGUUCUCAGAUUGUGGAACAAAUUUCCUCGGAGCCGACAAUGAAAUAAAAAAGCUCAUCUCAAUGGCGUCCAAGGAAUCGGACCAGCUUGCUCAUCUCUUGCUCAACGACGGUACGAAGUGGUCGUUCAACCCACCAGGUGCUCCUCACUUUGGAGGAAAGUGGGAAGCAGCAGUGAAGUCGGUUAAGUUCCAUCUCAAACGUACAAUUGGAGAAGACCUGCUCACCUUUGAGGACCUUACCACCUUGCUUGCUCAAAUCGAAGCCGUGCUCAAUUCUCGUCCACUUGAACAGCUCUCGGAAGAUCCUGAUGACGUCUCAGCUCUCACUCCAGGACACUUCCUAAUUGGACAUGCUCUGACAGCUCUGCCUGAACCUUCUCUGGAUCACUUGAACAUCGCUCGUUUAACUCGUUGGCAGCUCAUCCAGCAGAAAGUUCCGAGCUUCUGGAAAAGGUUGUCCACCAAUUAUCUUCAGCAUCUCCAGUCUAUCUCCAAGUGGCACCACCCAUCUCACGAUAUCAAGAUCGGCUCUAUAGUUCUUCUCACCGACGAGAGAUUUCCACCAACGAAAUGGCCUCUCGCUCGAGUUACCGCUCUCCAUCCUGGUAGAGAUGGCCUCACCAGGGUGGUAACCAUCAAGACGUUCAGCUCAACUCUUCGGCGGCCCAUCGCUAAGCUCGCCCUGCUACCCAUCUCGAUCAGUGACUUCUGA